GCUUCUGCGCAGGCGCCCGGCUCCUAAGUCUACCCAGGAACUGACCCUGCUCUCUCUUUUAGCUGUUAGACAUGGGCACUCCACAGAAGGAUGUUAUUAUCAAGUCAGAUGCACCAGACACUCUCUUAUUGGAGAAACAUGCAGAUUAUAUCGCAUCCUAUGGCUCAAAGAAAGACGAUUAUGAAUACUGUAUGUCUGAAUAUUUGAGAAUGAGUGGCAUCUAUUGGGGCCUGACAGUAAUGGAUCUCAUGGGACAACUUCAUCGAAUGAAUAGAGAAGAGAUUCUGGCAUUUAUUAAGUCUUGCCAACAUGAAUGUGGUGGAAUAAGUGCUAGUAUCGGACAUGAUCCUCAUCUUUUAUACACUCUUAGUGCUGUCCAGAUUCUUACGCUGUAUGACAGUAUUAAUGUUAUCGAUGUAAAUAAAGUUGUGGAAUAUGUUAAAAGUCUGCAGAAAGAAGAUGGUUCUUUUGCUGGAGAUAUUUGGGGAGAAAUUGAUACAAGAUUCUCUUUUUGUGCGGUGGCAACUUUGGCAUUGUUGGGGAAGCUUGAUGCUAUUAAUGUGGAAAAGGCAAUCGAAUUUGUUUUAUCCUGUAUGAACUUUGACGGUGGAUUUGGUUGCAGACCAGGUUCUGAAUCCCAUGCUGGCCAGAUCUAUUGUUGCACAGGAUUUCUGGCUAUUACAAGUCAGUUGCAUCAAGUGAAUUCUGAUUUACUUGGUUGGUGGCUUUGUGAACGACAGUUACCCUCAGGUGGACUCAAUGGAAGGCCAGAGAAGUUACCAGAUGUAUGCUAUUCAUGGUGGGUGCUGGCAUCCCUAAAGAUAAUUGGAAGACUUCAUUGGAUUGAUAGAGAGAAACUGCGUAAUUUCAUCUUAGCAUGUCAAGAUGAAGAAACAGGGGGAUUUGCAGACAGGCCAGGAGAUAUGGUGGAUCCUUUCCAUACCUUAUUUGGAAUUGCUGGAUUGUCACUUUUGGGAGAAGAACAGAUUAAGCCUGUUAAUCCUGUUUUUUGCAUGCCUGAAGAAGUGCUUCAGAGAGUGAAUGUUCAGCCAGAGCUAGUGAGCUAGAUUCAUUGAAGCUAAAGUUGCAAAAUGUAGUUUUGCCAUUUUAACAUUUCUGUAUUUGAAGUGCUUAUUGAAUCUAAAAAUGACUACUGUUAGUAUUUUGUAUAUUGUGUUACAUUAAUUAUGAUAAAUUAUAUAAUUAUACAUAUUGUAAAAUAAAAACCUGUAUUUUAUUUUCUGCUUUUUAUUGUGAAGUCCUGUUAUUCUGACUACAGUUUUUUUGUGUAUACUUCUGUGUCUGUUAUUUUUGUUUCAGUAACUGAGCAAACUUAAAAAAACUCGUGGUUUUUACCCAUGUAUACCUUUCAUGUGUUCUAUAACAAGUUGAUGUAAUAUUUGUGUCAACAAGAAUGUUAACUGGAGAGAAUUCAUACAUGAAUUAAAUGGUGCACAAAAUAAAUGGCUGUUGAAAUUUGGGAAUGA